UCUGUUCGAAGAAGACGCGGGAGGGCGGCCGAAAAUGGCGGCAGCCUUGGCAGGAGCCUGCUAGCUGGAGCCCCUGUCAGGGCCAGAUGUGUCUAGGCUACCUACAUAGAAAGCAGACAGCUUGCACCUCCUUCUAUCAGGAGAGCUCCGCCCAGUGUUUGCCUCCUCUGAGGCUAGCCUGUGCCUUCGACUUCCUUCUUGUCUUCGUACCGUAAGUGAUGCACACAGAGGAGUGAAAGUUUGGGGCAUUUGUUGAGUUGUCGAGUCCAUGGCCUCGUCGAACGGGCCGGUGGCCGCUCGCAGGCGGUCUACGGAGGUUUUCGACCCCACUGCAUAUGCUACUCGGCGCAAGGAAAAAGUCGAGGCCGCCGCGGCGCUGCGGGAACAGAGGAAGAAAGAGCAGGAGAAACGGGAGAGCGACAGGGGAGCAGUGCCCAUUCCCACCAAGCACCCGCCUGUGGACUACAGCUUCGCUCCUGAGACCCCCAGGCAGUCUGUCGAGGCUUCAGCUGAAAAUUUGACCACAGUUACCCCGUCAACUACUGAAGGCCCAAACUACCUGAAGCCGUUGAUGCGUCGCAGCCUCACUGCGCCUGCCACCCCCCCAAAGGAGGUCACGGAAGAACCCCCAAAGGUCGUUGAGGCGAAGCCCUCCCCAAAUAGCUCGUCGUUCGCUCAGGCCCUCCCCCCAUUCCGCAGCCCCUCCCUUAGAAAACUCAAGAAGCGCCCCUCGUUGUCCUCGCCCCCCCACAAGGUGACAGACUCGGAGGAGACACCACCCCCCUUGGAGCAAGAAACGGAGGCUACCACAGUGCUUACCCCUGAGGACGACACGGAGAACCAGGCUCCAGCCCCGGCACGGCUAGCCAUUGUGGAGAAGAAACCCUCUCCAGCCAAAACGGCGCUGUCGCUGCUCAAGGCAAAGCUGCGCCUCUCCAAGCCCAAGCCUGCCGUUGCCGCCCCUUACCAGGAAAGCCCGCCCCCGGUUGCUGUGCAGCCACCCCCCCAGCGGGCGGCUCUUUCCCCCACCCAGGGCCAGAACCAGGGUUUGGGCGCAAGGGCCCAACCGAGACCGGCAGUGUCACCUAGUUGGGCGGCGGGAGAUCGAGACGAAGAUCAGGGAGAAGUGUCAAGAGCGGACGGGGGAAGCGGGCGGCUGAGCCUGGGGAGCAAGCUGGCGCGCGCUCUGGCCCCCCGCAAAAAGAAAGACGGCGGAGCUGCUGCCAAUGGGGGAAGCCCCAGUGAGGGGGAGCGCUCAACUCGAGGGGGCCACGACGUGCAGCCACCUCCUGAGUGGCAAGCGCCAGAGAACGAGCUGCCGGAUGAGGGGGACGUGAGCACCCGGCCGUGCCCCGACUGCAAGCGCAACUUCUCAGAGGCGGCCCUUGCAAAGCACGCCAAGAUCUGCAGAAAGGUGUUUGGUCAGAAGCGCAAAGCGUUCAACGUGGCAGCGCACCGUUUGGAGGGCACCGAUGCAGCCAAGUUCGUGCAGCAGCAGGGGCCCGGGCGGGGGGCCAAGGGCGGUGCGAGCAGCAGCCACGGGCGCGCGGAUGCGAGCUGGGCGCAGGGGACGCGGAAUGCGGAGUCGCGGCCCCUGACCAAAGUGCCGGCGUGGAAGCAGCAGAGCCAGCAACUGCAGGCCGCCAUCCAGGCGUCACGACAGUAUUCACAGGCGAAAGCUAAGGGGGUCGAUCUUGCGAGCUUGCCCCCACCGCCACCCUCAGAGAAUCUUGACUAUGUACCAUGCCCCCACUGUAGCCGGAGGUUCGCCCCUCAGGUGGCGGAACGCCACAUACCCAAAUGCAAAGAUACCAUCAACCGACCCAAGCCCGUUUCGAGAAAGACUGCGCAAGGAGGGGUGCAGAAGAGGAAGGGAAAGUAGACACGUAUGCUAGUAAGUUAUACUGCCAAGUUUGCUGACGGGAUGCAUACUGAUCCAUCGACGGGAUAAUCACGGAACGCAUAUGGUUCUUCAUGACACUAGACGCUGCUACCGUUCAGUAGUUUAGAGUAGCAACUCUCACAAGAAGUGAACUGGUUUGUCGAGCACAGUUUUUGCUAGAGCCGCCUUUGGUGGGACGUCCGAUCAGCAAAGAGCUCAUCUAAGCGAGGUACAUAAAGUAUAGGUGCUAGCAUACUUGGAACUCAUCGAACUGCACAGCUUUUGGAUUCAUGGGCCAUCGUAUAUGCUUGUUGCUGUUCCCAUAGCGUUUGACUUGGUUUGCUCAAAAGUGGCAAGUGAGGCGGGCAGCGUACAAUCUCAAGAGUUGCUCUUGAAGUCGUGCGGAUUGACCAUCAGUGGAGGACAUGGUAUAUAUGCCGCAUCCGACAGUGGCCCGAACAGGCCCGUCGUUACAUCUAGCAACAAUUGAAGAAGGUGACCGCACCUAGUUAAUAAGCACGUACAACAUAUGGCAGUU